ACCUGCAGCUGGGGGUUGUGGGAAGGUUUGGCCUAGAGGCCUUUCCGUGCUGGAGGGGCGUCCCUGCGCUCCUGUGCUGGUGGGGUGGGACAGAGACCGUUGUCGGCACUGGGCUUGCGUGGCGGGUCCUGGUGCCGGCGGGCUCUGUCCAUCCCCGGUUUCAGUUCCAGAGCAGUAGCAGAAAGGAUCCGGGUAAGGGUGGCUCCGAGAGGCAGUGUGGGAGAAGCGAACAAGAUGGCGGACGCCUUUGGAGAUGAUCUUUUCAGAGUGUUUGAGCAGCCUGCCGCGGCAUCUGCCACCAGGAAGAGCAAGGCGUUCGUCAUUGAUGGCGUCAGGACAUCGGGAAAACGCUCAGAAGAAAAAUCCUCAGCAGCUACAACGGCAAGGCCAAAAAGCAAAGCUGAGGUCAAUCACACUGAACAUGCUGUUUUGGGAAAGAAGAGAAAAUUAGAAGAUGGAUUAGAAGAUGACAAUCUGGCAGAUGUGAUGCCUUGGGUAAGGGUGCAAGCUGUGGAAACUGUUGAAGGUUGUACGCAUGAGGUUGCACUUCCAGCAAAUGAAGAGUUCACAGGUCUGAAGCCAAGAACUGGGAAAGCUGCAAAAGAAUAUCCAUUUAUUCUUGAUGCUUUUCAGAGGGAAGCUAUUCUUUGUGUUGAUAAUAAGCAAUCUGUGUUAGUGUCAGCUCAUACAUCAGCCGGUAAAACUGUUUGUGCAGAGUAUGCAAUUGCCCUGGCUUUGAGGGAGAAACAGCGUGUAAUAUUUACAAGCCCAAUUAAAGCUUUGAGUAAUCAGAAGUACCGUGAGAUGUAUGAAGAAUUUCAGGAUGUUGGUUUGAUGACUGGGGAUGUCACCAUUAAUCCUACAGCUUCUUGUCUGGUAAUGACAACUGAGAUUUUGAGAAGCAUGCUCUACAGAGGUUCUGAAGUUAUGCGGGAAGUUGCAUGGGUUAUUUUUGAUGAAAUCCACUACAUGAGAGAUUCUGAACGUGGUGUGGUUUGGGAAGAGACCAUUAUUUUGCUUCCUGACAAUGUUCAUUAUGUCUUCCUUUCUGCAACUAUUCCAAAUGCUCGUCAGUUUGCUGAAUGGAUCUGCCACCUUCACAAACAGCCUUGCCAUGUGAUUUACACAGAUUAUCGACCCACUCCACUGCAGCAUUAUAUAUUCCCAGCAGGAGGAGAUGGGCUCCAUCUGGUGGUUGAUGAAAACGGAGAUUUCAGAGAAGAUAAUUUUAAUACAGCUAUGCAGGUGCUUAGAGAUGCAGGAGACUUAGCAAAAGGAGACCAGAAAGGCAGGAAAGGAGGAACAAAAGGUCCUUCAAAUGUUUUUAAAAUUGUGAAGAUGAUCACAGAAAGGAAUUUCCAACCUGUGAUUAUUUUCAGCUUCAGUAAGAAAGACUGUGAAGCCUAUGCACUUCAGAUGACAAAGUUAGAUUUUAAUACAGAUGAAGAAAAAAAGAUGGUUGAAGAAGUGUUCAAUAAUGCGAUUGAUUGUCUAUCAGAUGAAGACAAAAAGCUUCCUCAGGUUGAACAUGUACUUCCACUUCUGAAGCGAGGAAUUGGUAUCCAUCAUGGUGGUCUGCUUCCUAUCUUAAAAGAAACCAUAGAAAUUCUUUUCUCUGAGGGCCUAAUAAAGGCCUUAUUUGCCACAGAGACUUUUGCUAUGGGGAUUAAUAUGCCAGCCAGGACUGUGCUAUUUACGAGCGCCAGUAAAUUUGAUGGAAAAGAUUUCCGAUGGAUAUCCUCAGGGGAAUACAUCCAGAUGUCAGGUCGUGCAGGACGCCGAGGCAUGGAUGACAGAGGAAUAGUAAUUCUUAUGGUGGAUGAAAAAAUGAGUCCAACAAUUGGCAAGCAGCUCUUGAAGGGUUCAGCUGAUCCUUUAAACAGUGCAUUCCACCUGACAUACAACAUGGUAUUGAACUUGCUUCGAGUAGAGGAAAUUAACCCUGAAUACAUGUUAGAAAAAUCCUUCUAUCAGUUCCAACAUUACAGAACUAUUCCAGAAAUAGUAGAAAGAGUGACUAAGUUGGAAAGACAAUACAACAAAAUACUCAUUCCCAAUGAAGAAAAUGUGGUCAUAUACUACAAGAUCCGACAGCAGCUUGCAAAACUGAGUAAAGAGAUUGAGCAGUAUGUUCACAAACCAAAGUACUGCCUUCCAUUUCUACAGCCAGGAAGACUGGUAAAGGUGAAAAGCGAAGAUGAUAACGUUGGAUGGGGAGUGGUUGUUAAUUUCUCCAAGAAAUCAAAUGCUAAGACAAAUUGUGCUGAAUUGGACUCAUUAUAUGUAGUUGAAGUGCUACUGUACUGCAGUAAAGACAGUUCGAAAAAUUCUACCGAAUCUGCAAAGCCAAUCAGCCUUGAUGAGAAAGGAGAGAUGCAGGUUGUUCCUAUUUUGGUACACCUUGUUGCAGCUAUCAGCAGUGUCCGACUUUACAUACCGAAAGACCUGCGGCCUGUUGACAACAGACAAAGUGUGUUAAAAUCUAUAAAAGAAGUACAGAAGCGAUUUCCCGAUGGAGUACCAUUACUAGACCCUAUUGAUGACAUGGGCAUCAAAGAUCAAGGACUGAAAAAAAUAAUCCAAAAAGUAGAGGCAUUUGAGCAUAGGAUGUAUUCACAUCCUCUUCACAAUGAUCCCAACUUGGAAACCAUAUACAAACUUUGUGAAAAAAAAGCACAGAUUGCUGUAGAUAUAAAAGCAGCAAGACGAGAACUGAAAAAAGCUAGAACCGUCUUACAAAUGGAUGAACUCAAAUGCCGCAAGCGUGUUUUGAGAAGACUGGGGUUUGCUACAUCCUCAGAUGUUAUUGAGAUGAAAGGGCGGGUUGCUUGUGAAAUCAGCAGUGCUGAUGAACUACUCCUGACAGAAAUGAUGUUCAAUGGUAUCUUCAAUGACUUAUCUCCAGAACAGACAGCUGCACUACUAAGCUGUUUUGUAUUUCAAGAGAAUUCCAGUGAGAUGCCAAAACUGACAGAGCAGUUGGCAGGACCACUUCGGCAAAUGCAGGAGUGUGCAAAAAGAAUCGCCAAGGUGUCAGCAGAAGCAAAACUGGAAAUUGAUGAAGAAAAUUACUUGAAUUCUUUCAGACCUCACCUCAUGGAUGUUGUUCAUACAUGGGCAAAUGGUGCUAACUUUGCUCAUAUCUGCAAAAUGACUGAUGUCUUUGAAGGCAGCAUAAUUCGAUGCAUGAGGAGGUUGGAAGAAUUGCUUCGGCAGAUGUGCCAAGCUGCAAAAGCCAUCGGAAACACAGAGCUGGAAAACAAGUUUGCAGAGGGGAUUACAAAAAUCAAGAGGGAUAUUGUCUUUGCUGCAAGCCUUUACCUGUAACAGGUUGUCUUCCAGAAGCAGCACAAGAGCCACCUUAUGGGGAAAUAUAAUCACAUGAUACUUCCAUUUCCAAUAAUUUUUUAAUGGAGCGUAUUUUAGCCACAGUUUAAUAAGGCAUGUACAAACAGUUUAUGUAAUAUUACCGUUACCGUGUUUUCAAUAAAAAUUUACAGUUUGAA